AUGGCCGAUGGCUCGGUGGAGGAAGAUGUCCUCAACACCCAGUGUGGCUAUGAUGUUCGGCUCAAACUGGAGCUGGAGCAGCAGGGCUUUAUCUACACCAAAGGCUGCGUGGGCCAGUUUGAGAAGUGGCUGCAGGACAACCUGAUUCUGGUGGCUGGAGUCUUCAUGGGCGUGGCCCUCCUCCAGAUCUUUGGCAUCUGCCUGGCUCAGAACCUCGUAAGUGACAUCCAGGCAGUGAAGGCCAACUGGUAAGGAGCCACACGCCACCGCCACGUGCCAGGACCCCCCCCAGGCCUCGGGGGGAGCCCCAGGGACCCUCUGCUCACACACAUGGGCAAGGCCGCAGGAGGCGUCUGCUUGGAUCUGGGGGGACCCAGGAGCACUCAGCAUCAUCUGCUCCCUCACCCCAAAGCAGAGGAGCCACCAAUCUCGCUGCUGUGGAGGCCUGGAGCUGUCCAGGAGCCUGGGGAGCGUGCGGCCGGGUGGGGUGGGGGCAGGUCUGCCUGUACCCCCCACCCCCCAGCACUGCAUGGCUGGGGUCAGGGGGCCAGGGUGCAGCCUUAGAGCUCUCCGACUCGCUGGGACCUUUCUCUGGGUGUGAACCACCUCGAACUUGAACUCAGGGCCUGGGCGCCAUCCCUAAGCUUUUCCCCCCCCCCCCCGGCUCAGGGC